AUGUCGAGAACAUCUGCGGGGGAAUUGGAUGUGCUGAAAGUUCAACUAAAGACAUGGGAGCGGCAGUUUCUGGAGGAGAAUGGAAGGUCACCAAUAAAAGAAGACAUUAAAGCUCAUCCUGAGAUUCGCAGGAAGUACAAGGAAUAUACAAGCCUCAAAAAGCUGCUCUCCAAAGGAAAUGCAGCGGUCACCGGGCAGAAGCAUGGGUCACCGAGCAGGGCAACGCAUCCCACACCUCAAAAACAUAUAGACGCCGAGAUAGAGCUGGGGCCAACGCCUCAAAUAUACGGGAAGGUGGUCAGCCUCUUUGAAAUGCAUAUAUCGCCGCUCAAGAAGGUCCCGGUGCGUCAAUUAGAUGCAGAUAGCUCGGAAACAUGCAUUUCUCCGGAUUUGCACAGCCAGGACGUUGCGCAGUCGGAGCUACUCACGGAUAUAAGCUGCCAAGCGAAGCGGCAACUGGACUUUUCGGUCACGCCCCAUGCGUCGCCUGUGAAGGCUGUACAGCCGCUACUGUUGAAUGCGCCAGACCUGCGCUUUGAGGCUAUCCCACAUGCCAGGACCAAAUACGGGCCCAACUCCCCAGUCAAGUUUGAUGGAGAUGUGACGCUUACACUGUCGCAGACUCCCUUGCAGGCAAAACUUGCACAGGCAUCUGAAGGCUACAGCCCUUCGCCGCUUAUAAAGAGACCGGCAAAGCCGCUCUCACAACUAGCGAAAGAGUAUGAAGACAUUGUAGAAGAGCUCAAGGAAGUGGACCAUGCUGCGGCAGUGCGCAACCUCGGAGGGCUUUUACAACAGGAAGAAGAGAACACACAGGAAGCAGAGGCCGCAGAGCCGUCUGCGACACGGUCUGACCGGAAGCGCAGGAAGAAUAAAGUACGACCAGCACUGGUUACGCUUGAAGAGGAGAUACCGCAGGGCAACCUCCACGAACAGCUCGUGAAACUAAGGCAGAAAGCUCUGGACAAGUUUAACGGGAACGAUCCGAAUGACAGCAGCGAUGAAGAAAAGAAAACAUCAGCUACCUCUGCUAAACCUGCAAAGGCGAGAAAACGCAAGUAUAAUACGGUAAGUGACAAUUUCAGACGAUUAAAAUUACCAACGAAGAACACGAGAAAUGGGCGGUGGAGACGCAGAUAG